AUGGUUGAUUGCGCUGAGACAUGUCCAGAGAAAAACAUUCUAACAAUGACAACUGUAUCCAAAGAAACAACAUUAAAUAAGAAGCUUUUUAUCUCUCAACGAUUACUUUCUGUUCAAGAUCCAAUUCAAACACAAUGCAAACAUAUUUUAGCACUCAUUUUAGUUCAACUACAGUUAGAAGCGCUGCAGAGCAUAAAAUCAACGUUUAAACUGACUACUGAAAAUGAAUCAAAAUGA